AUGGAUAACAUUCGAUAUAUCCCUAAGAAAGAUGAGAGAAGUGUCUCGGGAAUUGAAGAGUUUUAUGAGUAUUUUCCUGGAGGUUCACUGGCUCAGAAGUCCAUAGUUCAUUGCAUGCCUCGCGUGAGGGAUGUGACUUUACCAUGGGAUGACGAGCACCGAGUAGAGUAUAUGGUGGAAGAAGUAGGUCUACCAAAGCUAUACGAUGGGUGGGAUUUGGGUCAGCGGACGAACGUGGAAAUUGAAACGUCGGCGAUGGAGGUGAAGGAUGUAAAGAGCAUGCUCGAGUUGUAA